GUCGAAAGCAAGGGAUUGCAGGAUGGCAGCCUUCAUGACCAAGCCGUCUACAACGUGGCAAGGUAUUGUGCCCAAAUGUAUGGGCACAUGGAGAAUUUCGACAGCAAGAAAUUGCCGAAAACUGGUGAGAAGUUCAUCAGCCAGUAUAUGGCCUUGGAGGAGGAGGCCGUGCACUUGGACCCCGACGACAGCCUGACAUGGCGAGUUAAGCCCAAGCUGCACUACUUGGGACACCUGUUGGACGAAGUCCGAACAAAGGACAGUCACCCGAAGGACUUCUGGAACUACCGGGACGAAACGCAAGGCUACCAGUUUCAGCGGCUCUUCCUUCGCCUAGGUGGCAAUGCAAGACUUGGACAUCAGACCGAAAAGGUCCUGCUCAGAUGGACACACGAGGAGCCGUUUUUCAGCUUGAAAACAGCCUUGCAGCCACAAGUGUGA